UCAGCCAUCAAAGGAAGACGGUCCAAGAUUUGUCUGGAAAGGCACUGAAGUUUCUUUUACAGCUUCAAGGAUAAGUAGAGUCAGUCCAUCCAAGAAGGGGACAAAGAACAGACAGAAUGAAUAGCUUUAAAGGCACAGACACUUGAAAAGGACAAAUGGAUACAUGGAGAGUCAUCUGAGCCAUUAUGGCAGUCAAGUGGACUGGUGGACAUUUUUCUCCUGUUCUCUGCCUGAAUGCAAGUCAAGAAGGGCUAGUGGCUUCUGGAGCAGAAGGUGGAGAUCUCAUGGUUUGGGGUGAAGAUGGGACUCCAUUAGGACACACACGCUUCCAAGGGGCAGACGAUGUUACCAGUGUCUUAUUCGCUCCCUCCUGCCCCACCAAGCUCUAUGCCUCACAUGGAGAAACCAUUAGCAUACUGGAUGUCAGGUCUCUCAAAGGAUCCUUGGACGAUUUUCAUGCGAAUGAAGAAGAAAUCAACUGUGUUUCACUGAAUGAAACUGAAAACCUUCUGGCUUCUGCUGAUGACUCCGGAACAAUCAAAAUCCUAGACUUGGAAAAUAAGAAAGUUAGCAGAUCACUGAAGAGACAUUCCAAUAUCUGUUCUUCUGUAGCUUUUCGGCCUCAAAGACCUCAGAGCCUGGUGUCAUGUGGACUGGAUAUGCAGGUGAUGCUGUGGAACCUUCAGAAAGCCCGGCCGCUCUGGAUUACAAAUUUGCAGGAGGAUGAAACAGAAGAAAUGGAAGACCCACAAUCACCUGGUCAGCUUUUAAACCCUGCCCUAGCCCACUCUGUGUCUGUGGCAUCGUGUGGCAAUAUUUUUAGUUGUGGUGCAGAAGAUGGUAAGAUUCGAAUCUUUAGGGUGAUGGGAGUCAAGUGUGAACAGGAACUGGGAUUUAAGGGCCACACCUUAGGGGUAUCCCAUGUCUGCUUUCUGCCAGAAUCCUAUUUGCUGCUUACUGGAGGGAAUGAUGGGAAGAUAAUGUUGUGGGAUAUAAGCAGUGAAGUUGAGAAAAAACAGAAGAGUCCUAUAAAACAUACCCACAAGAAGAAAACCAAAAGGGCAGCUUAUACCAAGCAGGGUGGAAACACUCAUGCUUCAGUAGCAGGUGAAGAUGAACAUGGCAAAAUUUUACCAAAGUUAAGUAUUGAACAUGGAGAAAAAGUGAACUGGCUCUUGGGUACAAAAAUAAAGGGAUACCAAAAUAUAUUGGUAGCUGACCAAACUAAUUGUAUAUCUGUAUAUCCUUUAAAAGAAUUUUAAAUCCAAUAAAACAUUUGAAAAACUGCAGAACUUUUUAUGGGUUAAAAAAAAUCCUGAUUCUUUGUUUGAACUAUUUGUCAUAUGUGGAAAUAAUACCAUUCCAUCAUAUAAAUUUUAAAACAUUUGAGCAAAAGGAGAUAAUUGGGUAACACUUGUUAUAGUAAAUGACAUAUUAAAAUUUGGAGAAUGAGAACUAAUAUUCACUGAGUACUGCUUGUGUACCAGCCAUUUUACAUGUUUCCUUUCUUAUUCCAAAUCAGUGAAGUGGGUUACUUUGUUCAUUUUUUGCCACAGGAAUCAAAGACUCAGAGAUGUUAAGUAACUUGAGGAUCCAAGAAAAUUGCAGGCACGAUUACUUACCUGCAAAGGAUCUUCAUUGUCUUGUCAAGCCUCCUGCCAUAGGGAAGCCCACAUCCUGAUCCAAAUAUGGUCACCACAUUAGUUAUAACAUUAGUAAUUUCUGAUCCUAGGAUGUCAUGAGGAACUUUACCAAGUUGAAAGAGGAAACCUGUUCUUGCUUGUUCUGUGUAAAGCCCAGAAGGCUUUGCUGACAAUCACCUUUUGCCAUUUCUAAGAAAAGUGUUCCAGGUCAAAUCAGUUUAGGAUAUUACGAAGCAAUCCAGGCUGUGAUGCUGAUGGGACCAAGAAUAAGCUGAAGUUAUGAAUAAGAAGAAACUCUGACUAAGCAGAAGAUGUAAGGUAGAUAGAAGAAGUAGAGAAGAGAAGCCAAGACUGUGUAGAGAGUAAGUUUUCUUUUCAUCAUGCCCUGGAUUGCUGAUUUCUCUGCAUGUCCUUUCAGCUUCUGCUUAAAUUGCUUACUCUUAAAUUCAGAGGUUUAAAGAGAGAUUCUGAUUGUUGGUUACCAUUAUCCUUGUUUGUGGAGAACUCUUUGAUAAGCUCAAUUUUAGUCAGAAUGUUUGCUGCAGAUGACAGAAACCAAACUCAAAUUGACUUAAGGGAAUAAAAAGGAAUUUAUUGGCUCAUGUAACUGAGAAGUCCAAGGAUAAUCAGGCUUGUACUGCUGAGGUAGCUAAGCUGAAAGGAUGUGAGUCUUAUAGGUGCCUCACCUGUGAAAAGUCUUUCCUAGGGAUGGAGUGAGAGAAUCCUCACAGUAAUGUUGAGCCUGGAACCAGCCAUGCCUGAAACAAGUUAUUUCUGGAGCCUUUUUUUUUUUUUAACUUGUGACUAAAAGUGUCCUGACCAAUUAAGUGGGUGGUCAGUAAAUAUUGUUUAGUGAUCUCACUUAAAAUUUAAAGCAAGGAGAAUACCAUCUUGGCCCUAAAAAAUUCAUUGACAAGGAC